AUGGCUCGCACAGCAAGGGCCCUCGGGUUCCUUGUUCUAUGUGCCUUAGCGUGCUGCGCUUUGGCAGCAGAGGAUGCGCCGAAGCUGGGCACGGUGAUCGGCAUCGACCUGGGCACCACGUACUCGUGCGUGGGUGUGUACAAGAACGGCCACGUGGAGAUCAUCGCCAACGACCAGGGUAACCGUAUCACGCCCUCGUGGGUCGCGUUCACCGAUUCGGAGCGUCUCAUCGGCGAGGCGGCGAAGAACCAGUUCGCGUCCAACCCGGAUCGGACUGUCUUCGAUGUCAAGCGACUCAUUGGCCGCAAGUUCGCGGACAAGGAGGUGCAGCGCGACAUGAAGCUGGUGCCGUACAAGAUCGUGAACCGCGACGGCAAGCCGUACGUGGAGGUGCAGGUGAAGGGCGAGAAGAAGGUGUUUUCGCCCGAGGAGGUGAGCGCCAUGGUGCUGGGCAAGAUGAAGGACACGGCGGAGGCGUACCUGGGCAAGAAGAUCAAGGACGCCGUGGUGACCGUGCCCGCCUACUUCAACGACGCGCAGCGCCAGGCCACAAAGGACGCGGGCGUGAUCGCCGGGCUGAACGUGGCGCGCAUCAUCAACGAGCCGACGGCCGCCGCCAUCGCGUACGGCAUGGACAAGAAGGGCGGCGAGAAGAACAUUCUGGUGUUCGACCUGGGCGGCGGCACGUUCGACGUGAGCAUUCUCACGAUCGACAACGGCGUGUUCGAGGUGCUGGCGACGAACGGCGACACGCAUCUGGGCGGCGAGGACUUCGACCAGCGCAUCAUGGAGUAUUUCAUCAAGCUGAUCAAGAAGAAGUACAACAAGGACAUCAGCAAGGACAACAAGGCGCUCGGCAAGCUGCGCCGCGAGGCGGAGCGCGCCAAGCGCGCGCUCAGCAACCAGCACCAGGUGCGCGUGGAGAUCGAGUCGCUGUUCGACGGCACGGACUUCUCGGAGCCGCUGACGCGCGCGCGGUUCGAGGAGCUGAACAACGACCUGUUCCGCAAGACGAUGGGGCCGGUGAAGAAGGCGAUGGAGGACGCGGGGCUGCAGAAGACCGACAUCCACGAGAUCGUCCUCGUCGGCGGCAGCACUAGGAUUCCCAAGGUGCAGCAGCUGCUCAAGGACUACUUCGACGGCAAGGAGCCUAGCAAGGGCGUCAACCCCGACGAGGCCGUCGCGUACGGCGCGGCCGUGCAGGGCGGCAUCCUCAGCGGCGAGGGCGGCGACGAAACCAAAGACAUUCUGCUGCUGGACGUGACGCCUUUGACGCUGGGCAUUGAGACGGUGGGCGGCGUGAUGACGAAGCUGAUCACGCGCAACACGGUGAUCCCGACCAAGAAGUCGCAGACGUUCACGACGUACCAGGACCAGCAGACGGUGGUGUCGAUCCAGGUGUUCGAGGGCGAGCGCGCCAUGACCAAGGACAACCACCUGCUCGGCAAGUUCGACCUCACCGGCAUCCCACCCGCCCCGCGCGGCGUGCCGCAGAUCGAGGUCACGUUCGAGCUGGACGCCAACGGCAUUCUGAACGCUGAGGAGUUCGCUGACGAGGACAAGAAGGUCAAGGAGCGCGUGGACGCGCGCAACUCCCUGGAGACGUAUGUGUACAACAUGAAGAACACGAUCAGUGACAAGGAGAAGGUGGGCGGGAAGAUUUCGGAUGAGGACAAGGAGACGAUUGAGGGCGCGGUGAAGGAGGCGCUGGAGUGGCUGGACGACAACCAGAGCGCGGAGAAGGAGGAGUACGAGGACAAGCUCAAGGAGGUGGAGGGCGUGUGCAACCCCAUCAUGACCAAACUCUACCAGGCCGGUGGCGGACCCAGUGGCGGUGCUGCGGGUGGGGAGGACGAGGAGCCCGAGGACCACGACGAGCUGUGA